AUGAGUUCCAAAGUUACCGUCGAGUACCAUGAUCCCUCUGCUAUCUUCCCCCUGAUCUCGCGUGACCUGGCAUCCAGAUUGCCUCUGCGCAACCUGAACUGGAAGUCUCCUNCGAGACCUUUGCGCUCUAUCGGCGCUCUCCAUGUCGAGUUCGUCCCCGAUGCCCAAACCGAAGCCUCUGAAAGCGACAAGCUGCAGCGUGUAGACUCCUACGGUUCCAGAUCUGGUCCUCCUUCGGCCGCCAAAGAAAGACGACACCAGAUUCCAGGCCUGCGCCAGACUCCUUACCUCAGGAUCUUCCUUUUGCGAUGCGACGAUAAAGACACAUACAAGUCUUCUUCACGCCAGCUCCUUCGCGACUGGCUUAACGACGUCGCGCCANCCCCUCAGAGCUCCUCUGCUGUGAACCGAUCAGAGGACCACGAUGCUGCCGAAUGGCUUAUCCUACACGUAGUCAUUCCUGACACCAUCGCCGCUUCCGAGCCUCGCUGGACCGCUGCAUCCAACGACGAGUUGGUCGAGAGGCCGUCAAGCACAACCAAAUGGCCUGGCAAGAGCUCAAGGACUGUACUGGACAAGAUACGCGCCGACUUCACCGCUUCGAACAAGUCUGGUCCAGAGCGCAUCGCUCAAAUCAGGCUGCAGAAGAAGGAUGUUCCCNCACACCUUCUACCCCAGACGCCAGUCACCCAACCUUACAUUGAGAGCCCGCAAGAACAAGAGAAUGCCUGGCAGGACCUCAUUGCAAAGUUCAAGACUUUGAUCCUCAUGUCUUUCGAUCUGCGCGUGUUACAUUACGAGGAUGAUAUCCGCGAGAAAGACUCUCAACGUGCUCUGCCUGGCUGGAACUUUUGCACUUUCUUCACCUUGAAAGAAGGUCUAGCUCGUGGUUUUGAGAGUGUUGGCUUGGUCGAAGACGCUUUGGCAAUAUAUGAUGAGCUUUCGGCAGGCCUCGAAUCUGCUCUACGUGAUAACGAACCUGGUGCUGCCCAAGGCACGUUCCUUGGUGACCUUGGUGCUCACAAANACUCUCUCCUGGAGAUACUCAACACGCCAUUGGACGAUUCCAAGCUCGAAAAACUAACUCUACAGUUUCGAGAACUGUCCGACCAGCCCUUGGACCUGACUAACAAGGACUAUCGUGGGGAAAUUGUUUCGAGCACCAUAUCUCUCUUUGACUUCCGAUUAUACAUUUUUGCGAGGCAGAGAACACUCCUGCUUCGCCUGAGCGCUGGAAGUGGCAACCUUCAACAGGCUAGACCUUCCAGUGCCAGGGAAACUCCGAAAGAUGACAACUUGACCUUCGCUGCUGAAGUUUGUAAGAGGGCGGCUCUCUUCGCCGCUACCAAUGCUCGUGCUCUUCGCAACGGCCUUACCGAAGGGUACGGUCACAUCCUUGUGCAUCAUGUAGAUUCUUGUGUUGAUAGCUGUGUAGGUNAUAAAAUCAAUUCUCAUCUUUCAUCUCUUGUGGAAAACAUCGCUUCUUCCUGGACCUAUGCUGUGCUUGAACAGGUACUUGGCGAGACUGCAUCAAAGGACUUCCCCUUAUCCGGUGACAAGUCGUCAUUGCCACCGCAGAGUAAGACGCUGGGUGUCUACUCUAAGAAAGAGGCAGGCGGUAACUUCAACUUUCCUCAGGGAGCAAAUACUCACCCCACACGGUCAAGCUCUCUACAGCGCAGUGCGUCGUCCUCGUCACAAUUGACUCCACAGACAAUCUAUGAGAACGAACGAUACUCCAAGUCAAGCCCCAAUCCUCAGCAAGAUAGUAUGACCACGCAUGGAUCUGGCAUCGCCGUGCUUGCCUCUGGCCGAGCUCAGCUCUUCCUCAUGCAGCGGAAAAUCAUCGAAGCUCUUGCAAAGCAGAAAGGCUGGCUCUCAGGCUGGGCUGCAAUCAAAGCAACGCAAGCCCUGACUGACAUUGAUCUUGACGACAAAGAAGAAGUUGGAGCAGACGGAGAAGUGUCAAAUGAAUCAGCUGCACCAGCAGAUAUCGCCAAGAUUGCGACAAUGCUUCUGAAUACACCCAUGUCGGCUGCGCUAGCCUCUCUGGAAGAUUUCAGAGCUGCCUAUGAACAACUGAGCACGCUUGCGGCGUCACAUUUCGCAACAGCGAACCACACCAAAUCUGCAGACUCUGUUCUGUGUGAUCUUGCCAUACUAAACUACCAACUUGGUGAUGUCGCUCAGGCAGCCACCUAUUUUCAGCGAUCAUCUUCAACCUUUUCCAAGACGAGUUGGUCGUACGUUCAUGCGGAGAUGUUGAGGAUAUACGCAAAGUGUCUAAAAGAUCUGCACCGACGCGACGAAUACAUGAGAGUGAUGCUAAAUCUGCUGAGUAAGGUUGUUACACAUCGCACGACGAGGGCAUUACCCAGACUAGACAGCUCCUCUGCAUGGCUUGAUGAAGAGACCGUUGAUGUUGGUGGUGUUCUUGGAGAGCUAGUGAGCUUCUCAGACGAACUACCCUACAACUUCACCACCUCAAUGUCUGAUUUCUUUGCUGGAAUCGACGUUGGUGCAGAGAUCAUACUGCGUCCAGAUCAGGACGGGUUCGGGUUGAAUGUUCGCUUCAAGCAUCUCCUGGAUGAUGACCUGAAAAUCGAUCGUGUCAGACUUCGACUGGUACUAGCAAGCGACGCUAGCCAGGAGAUACUCUUGCAGAGUGAUGGCCCUCUGGAAUUGAAGCGAGGUCUUACCAAACUCCAAGUUCACUCAAAUGUCACGACGUAUGGGCACUAUCUGAUCGACAAACUGAUACUAGAGUCCAGGAAACUACAUUUCUCACACGACUUCCAGCCAAAACCACAGACGACACCGCUAGGCAUCACUAACGCCAACAUAUCUGAGAGAAGAUCCAGCAUAAGUGGGCCAUCGCUACUGGUCUAUCCUCAUGGCGAGUCUCUGGAAGCUCGAGCAGGACUGGCCAACGAGAUACAUAUCGACAAAAUUCGAUCCAUCGUGCUCACGAUUCUGACAGGGCGCAACAAGACCGAGAGUCUCGAUCUGCGGCUGAAGUCUGCCUCUGCUGGGCUGAGGCUACACACUGCAGAUGCUGCAAUCCUAGAGAGCGACCACGGCCAGCUAGACACAUCACAGGCUGGCAUGCUCAAACUUGGUGCUGUAGAAGCAGGAGUCGAGGUGAAAGUUCGAGUGCCUUACAGUACAGAACGUAGCCUUGACGAGCUUACGGUCAAGCUGGAGGCGAGUUACCAGACCAGUCACGGCACAUUUUCGUACCUCCGCACUUCAGCGAUCCCAGCAGCGCUGCCUCUGGAUGUGGAUGUUAAUGACAUCUUCAAGUCUCAGGCACUGUUCUCGCGAUUCGGUAUUAGAACGACGAACGCGGUCCCACUGGAAAUCACGAAUGUGCGAAUAGACGAGUCGCAAACAUAUGAAGUGAAGGCCCUACCUUGCCCUCUACCGUUGACUGUGUUCGACAAACAGCCGGCCAGCCUGACCUACAAGAUUACAAGAAAGGAAGUCGAGGGAAGCAAACUAAACAAAAAGGAAGCUGCAUUGGCACUAACGAUUGAGUACACACGCUCAGACGAGGCCAUUUUCGAGAAGCUUGGCAGUUUGCUGGAAACGGCAGUAGCGAACAGCCCUUUUGCGCCUUUGCGGCGCUUGCUCGUGCCUACCUUGUUGAACAGAGCUAGAUCUUAUGCACCACCCCAGCACCUUGAACAGGCUGUGCUGCUCAACGAGUUCCAAGUGCCUUCGUACGAGACAACGGGCUGGGGAAAGAUUGUUGCCAGUCUCACGUCUGAUAAGCGACAAGGUCUAGACGAGUGGUUGCAGGAGUGGCACUCGGUAAGUACCAUAUCGUGUUCAGCAAACAAUCGACCCAUGCUAAUCUUUCGUGCAGNNAACAAUCAGAAGCUCAUUCUUGAUAAGACUGCGGCAGCUUCCCUGUCAAGAAAGAUCACGCUCUCGGUCGAAGUCCCAACAGUGGAUGUCCUGCAUAGCGUCACUCUGCAACUGGACAAAGAUGACUCUACCAAAUCAGUCAUUAUCGGUCGUCCGCUACCAGCCACUCUUUCCAUCAAACAUACAACACGCUGGGCCAAUGCAGAAUUGACAUCAGAUACAUCUCUUACAUUUUCAUAUACCAUCGAUGCUCCUGUGGACGGUCCAUGGCUCGUUGCUGGACCCAAGCGCUCACGUUUCCUCUACAAGCAUAACGAAGAAGAGACCAAAAUCUCUCUCGUGCUGGUGCCCCUGAGACCAGGCAUGCACCUUCUGCCUUCUGUGGACAUACAAUCAGUCGCCACAUCUGUUGACAAUUCCGAGUCGAGCGGCCCGUCGAGGUUGCUCAGCCCAGGACAGGCUGGUGGUCCUGUCGAAGAAGGGCCAGCACAGCCCCUGAUCAGCUGCGAGACUGACUACCACAAUUCUGGCGAGACUGUGCUAGUGUUGCGAGAAGCGAGGACGACAACAGUAACUGUGAGGGAACGUGAUCUGAUGCCAGCACUGCAGAGAAUACCUACUGCUACUGAGUCGGUAAGGGCAAGUGUUGACAGCACUCGAACAUCCAGACUGCAGUAA